AAGUGUUCUCCGAUUGCCGAAAUCAAGUUCAAUUUUGUUUCAUUUCCAAAGGGUAUCCUUGGCCUAAGUUGUACUCUGUUUUGUGUAAUCAUGCAGCCUCCCACCAGCUCUAGCCCCUGCAUAUUCUGUCUCGAAGAGCAGCAGCAGCAGCCAACGCGGCUGCCUUGUCGGCAUUCAUUCUGCCGGCUUUGCCUCGAGCGUUAUUUGCAGCUGAGCCGCGAUCGACGCUGCCCGCUCUGUCGGCGCGGGUUUCAGCUGAGCGCUGAUGCAGCAGCAGUUGCCGUUCCAGACAGGACAGUGCUGGCAGAUGAGCAUGUGCUCGACCUAGACAGGGACAUGCUGAACGAUACGCUAGUGCUAACGCUCAGCGAGCAGGAAAUGCGUUUCUUUGCCGAGCUCUACGACGAAGCAACGCGUAGCAAUCGGCAGCGUGCAACAUCGACAGACAAACGAAGCUUGGCUGGCAGCUAAUUUGAGGCGUUGCUGCUGCAACUGCAACUGCAUCUGUGAGUUUUAAUCUGCAGUGAAGCACUGAUAUGUUGGCAGCUCUUUGAGUGAAACUUGUUCAGUUAACGUAAGCUGUGAUCUGUUAGUCAAAUGUAUAAUUUAACUUAAGACUCUUGUCUAGCAAUAAACGUAGAAUUUAUCUU